UUUUUUUUUUUUUACUUUCUUACUUUCAAGUGACCAUAAAUGAUUGAACCUGUUUCUGCAGAGAUAUCCACUCAAGAAUCGGGUGUUCAAAAACAUCUCAAGUUCUGGGAUAAGAAAGAAAAAGGCUAUAUUACCCCAUUAGACACAAUUUCAGGUGAGAAAGAGCUUGCAAAGUUAGUAUCACUCAUUAUCACCAUCAUCAUCAUGAUAACAGGUUUCAUGACGUUGGGUUACAGCAUGUUAUUCAGUGUUGCUAUUGGCACUAUGGUCAGUGUCUUUCUUUCACUCUCUACUCAGUCUGGUUGGAUACCUGAUCCCUUAUGUCGUUCCAAUGUUAAUAAGAUAAGGGAAGCUACCACGGCAAAUUCAGGUGCUUUUGAUGAACAAGGCAUGUUUGUGUCUGACAAGUUUGAAGAGUUAUUUCAUCGACAUGCUCAAUCAGACAAGUCUGGUAAUACCAUCACGUUAAUUGAAUUUAUCAACAUGACCAAGGAACAAGAACAAUUAGGAAUGAACCUUAAAGCUUGGGCUACUGGUAUCAUUGAAUUGUGUACUGCUUAUUUCUUUGUUGGUCAUCAAGGUACACUUUCAAAGCAAGAUGUGCGUGCAGCUUACGAUGGCUCUUUGUUCUAUCGCCUCAAAGAUACAAAUCGACUCAUGAUACAGGACAAAGAUAAUAGCCUUCAUGGCACUUAUCUCUCUCAACCUGCUCAUCCCUUGAGUAAAAAAGCAUGGGAGACGCGCUUCAAAAGUUUAUCUGAUUCCGUUCAGGCCAGAUCAACACUUGUCCUUUCAGACACUCGGGUCAAUCAAUGGGUAUCUUUUGUUCAAGACAACAUGCUUUCUCGCCUGACAAAAUCGCGUCCUGUGCUUCGUGGUGUAAGUACGCCCAAGACACCCGCAUAUCGCACACAAAAGACCAUUGAUGAUCCUACCACACUAUUUCCUGAAGGACUGACCGGUGUUGCAAAAGAAACACACACCAGUAGUAUAGAUAACAACUAUUUGAGUUCUCUUUUAAGUCAAGAUCCUUUAAAAGAAACCCAUCCUAUGAUCACUGGUGUCCAGACUCUUUUAGAUCAAGAUAUUUUACUCGGUGUGUAUCAUACAAAAGCUCAGGCUUCUUCUUCUUCAAUAGACUAUGCUCCUUCCUUGACAAAAUCCAUCUCUACUUCUUCUAAUGAAUCUCAUUCGGAACCCUUAAUGACAAGCUUCCUUCGUGAAGAUGAUACACACCUUGACUUGUUGACAGAAGGUACAGGUCUGACAGGUGUUCAAGUGGAGAAACCUGUAUCGGAUGCAUUGAUUCAACCUGAAGUUGCUGUGGUUGAACACCCUAAGGCCAACAUCACCCCUCCUCCUGAAGACGAACCAAUGAUGGAGAAACCAAUGGAGAAACCAAUGGAGAAACCAGUGAUGGAGAAACCAGUACCUCCUACACCUAUUCAGACAGACAGCCAAAAGAGAAAGACGAAUAAAAAGGUAAAGAACAUGUCUCCUGUUGAGCCACAAAAAUUAAGUGAUACACCUAUUAACGCUUCUUGGGCUAUUGCUAAAUAGUUUAAAUAAAAGAAAAAAAAAAAGUUUAUUUUUUAACAUGUCGAGGAUGUAAGAAAUGAGUUAAAAACUAAUAAAAAUAUCAACAUCAAGAUUCACAACCAUAUAAGCACUUACUUUUUUCUUGCUAGGUGUUGAUG